GCAUUUAUGAGAUCAAAACUAUGUUUCGUUCGGCUUAAAACGAAAACGCUGUGAUAUAUUAAAGAAAAAACAAAACAUUACUUUAGUUCCGGUGUUUUUGAUUGGUAUACGUUCCAAAUCAGAAAUAUGUCGGAUAGCAAUGUUUUUGUACUGGACAACGGAGCAUUCUACGCUAAAGUAGGAAUGUCCGAGUGGAGUAAACCAAGAGUUGUUCCCAAUUGCAUAACCAAAGCAAAAUCUGAAAGAAGACGACCAUUUGUUGGAAGUCAAAUUGAUGAAUGUCGUGAUGUUUCGGGGCUGUUUUACAUUCUUUGCUUCCAGCGAGGUUAUCUGGUAAACUGGGAUAUUCAGAAAACUGUGUGGGACUAUAUCUUCAGUCAAGAAUGCUGUCCUGUGAACUUUUCUGAAACGCCGUUACUAAUUACGGAGCCAUUGUUCAAUUUCCAGUCCAUUCAGGAAGCUAUGCUAGAGAUAUUGUACGAGGAGUAUGACUGCGAUGCUGUAUGCAAAACUACAUCGGUCGACAUGGCAGCAUUUAACUAUACACAUGGUGAAGACAAAAAGAAACCGUUGUGUUGUGUGGUGGUAGAUAUGGGAUACAGUUUCACACAUAUUGUUCCGUUCAUUAAGGGAUCUAAAGUUAAAGAAGCUAUUCAGCGAAUUGAUGUAGGUGGAAAGCUUCUAACAAACCAUCUAAAAGAAAUUAUUUCCUACCGACAACUAAACGUAAUGGACGAGUCCUAUGUGAUAAAUCAGGUCAAAGAAGAUAGUUGUUUUGUAUCACAAGACUUUAAUGAGGACAUGCGAAUCGCCCGAAAACGUUUUCCUGAAAACAGUAUUAUCAGAGAAUAUGUUCUACCCGACUACACACAAAUUCGUCGAGGGUAUUUGAAAACCCUAGAUCAGAAUAACGACCACAACGAUGAGUUCCAAACACUUCGAUUGAACAACGAACGUUUUGUUCUACCUGAGGUAUUAUUCCAUCCUUCCGAUAUCGGGAUACAACAAAUGGGCAUCGCUGAAGCGAUUGUAUUUGCCAUAAAUGCCUGUCCGGAGGAAACAAAACCUCAUCUGUUUAAUAACAUUGUCGUGUGUGGUGGGAGUGCAUUGUUUAGCGGUAUGCAGUCAAGAAUACAGAAAGAAGUUCGAUCUCUAGCACCAGAUGACUUUAGGGUUAACGUUACUGUGCCAAAAGACUCAAUCUCAUAUGCUUGGUUUGGAGGACAACAUUACUCCCAAUCGCUAAGUUUUCUGAAGUCUUGUAUGAGCCGAAGUCAGUAUGAAGAAAACGGAAUUAAGCAUCUUAUAGAGAAGUAUGAAAACUGAAACCGUACAUAGUUUAAGCGUAGCUUUCUACGAUGUAACUCGACACACUAGUUUAUUCGAAAAACAUGGUUAUGAAGAAAGCUAAAGUAACAAUCAAUGUGAAACUUUAUGAAUACUAUUCUAGUUAAGAAUAAAAUACAAUGUACAAAUUACACAAAUUAGACAAUAA